AGAGAGAGAGAGAGAGAGAGAAAGAGAACAGAAAAGGAGGAGCAGUUCCAUUGCAAGUCUAAUCCUGUCUUAUACGCUACACUCUAUUCACUUCACUUCACUUCAGGCUUCUCAGAGAGCACAGAGGCUCACAUCUGCCUUCAGACAAACAACCCUGGUUCUUCCAAAUACAAAGAGCCCUCUGGAUAUAUGGAUUCCUGGUGAAGAAUAAACGAGAAAAUCAGAUCUGACUGAAUCCCAGCACUUUUUGGAUUCGUUUUUAUUUUAUUUUUUUUAGAUGGCGGAAUCAUGAUUUUCCAAAGGACUAGUCUGUGACAAGACAAUUAUCAUAAAGGAGUUUUUUUAUGAGUACAAUGGAAGCAUCGCAUGUUGCUUUUGUUGCAGCAGCUCCAACAGUCAUCACGAAGACCAGCCCUACAACGUACCUGAGCAGAAUGUUCAAGGAGUACCAAAACAAUGCGGUCAUCAUGGACCACUACAACGCCACAGGAAAGCUGGAAGGAAGAGAGUACAAUGAAGGCAUGAAAGCUGUAGAUAUUGUGUUCCUUAUUAUCUGCCUGCUAAUUGUGCUGGAGAAUGCAGUGGUUCUUGUAGCUAUUUGGAAGAAUAAAAAAUUCCACCUGCCCAUGUACUACCUUCUGGGCAACCUGACUUUCUCAGACUUGUUGGCAGGAUUUACCUACAUGGUGAAUAUCAUAACAUCAGGGGCCAACACACUCAAAAUGACACCCGUCCAGUGGUUCAUCAGAGAAGGUGGGGUUUUCAUCACAUUAGCUGCUUCCAUCAUUAGCCUCCUGGCCAUUGCUAUCGAACGGCAUGUUACUAUGGCACGGAUGAAGCCAUACCAGGGAGCCAAGCGUGGGCGCAUGUUUGCUUUGAUUGGCAUAAGUUGGGUGCUCUCGAUCAUUCUAGGUCUGCUACCCAUUAUGGGCUGGAACUGCAUGGGGAAUUUGGACCAGUGCUCUACCGUCCUGCCACUUUACUCCAAGAGCUUCAUUCUCUUCUGCAUUACAGUCUUCUCUGGUGUAUUACUGGCUAUUGUGGUUCUCUACGUCCGCAUCUUCCGCGUUGUAAAGUCCAACACCCAGCGGCUGUCAGGUGCUCCACAGCGUAAAGGUUUUGUGAAGAAGUCCCAGAAAUACAUGGCACUAUUGAAGACAGUCACCAUAGUGCUGGGUGUUUUUAUCGCCUGCUGGCUUCCACUCUUUUUUCUGCUUUUGCUGGACUUUUUUUAUUCAUCCAAAAGCUGCCCUGCACUGUUAAAGGCAGAGUAUUUCCUGGGACUUGCUAUGAUUAACUCAUUACUUAAUCCCAUAAUCUACACAUUAACCAGUAAGGACAUGCGUAAGGCUAUAUUGAGACUGCUCUGCAGCUACUGCUUGAUUACAAAAGAUGGACAGGUGAGAAAGUUUGGAAUAACGUUCCUGGAGUGCAGUUCGAGUAAACCCGAGAUGCCAUCACACAGGCUAGAGGGCCUGGACUCAACAGUCUCCACAGGGAAUUUUACACCAUCUACUAUCAAAGCUAUUUUUCCUAAAAUAUCAAAGAGUGUAGUUUUGGGACAAUAAUAUUAAGGCUGAGUUUUAUUGUGGACUGGUGUAAUGAAGGAUAUCUCGAGAGGAUGAGCCAGUACUGAAAUGAGCUUCCUUAUCUCAGAACUGAUUUUUUCAAGGAAAGCAUUAGAGAAAGACUGCUUCAGAAAGCAUUACAACUUUUAUUAUGUGCCUAACCAACUUUGGAGAACUUUUUUUUUUUGUUUACUACUUUACUGUGAGAUGAUCAAGUUGAAAUUGAGGGAAAAACCCUGUGUUCUCUUUACAUCCAAUAUGGUGUGAAGCAAUAUGCACUUAAGAGCAAAUAAAAUGCAAGUAUAACAUGGUAGUAGUAAUAUUAAUAAUAAUUAAUAUUUUUGGGUUGUUCACCAGCAUCUAUGAUAUUACUCAAGAUGUCAGUGUGUGCAUCAGGCAAAGCAUAUGGUCUAAAACCUGCAGCACGAAUCUUUCAUAGCUGCUUUGUCUGAACACAAGAUAGACUGAAGGUCUGUAACUAAUAUCCC